UCCAAUGGGGAUGCUUUGGAAAGGCCAAUCUUAACGGAUAUAUCAAUCCACACCAUCCACAGAGUUCCUCGCUUUAACCUAGACCUAUUUUAGAGGACAGUAGAUUUAUUAGAUAGAGGACCAAUAAAGAGGACAAAGAGACAUUAUCAGACAAAUUAGCAAACAACAACGCAAGGGGAAAACAGAAGGGUUUUCUUCUGCACCGAUUGUUUGCGAGAUCAAUCUGGCUUGACUAGUAUACAUUCAACAAGGGCUGACCGAACCCAAGAGUUACAGUAAGGUAACCAUGAGUGUGUCCCCACGAGGGUUAGAUCAUUGAUCCAUCUCAUCAUGAAUGUGUCUGAAUGGGAAACUACGAUGUUUACGCAAUCUAGCAUGUGUGUGAAUUGUGAAGAGAUGAAAUACCUGUGCCAAAGACAUCGAUACGGAAAGUGACAAUUCUAGGCUCUUAAAUUAGACCGCUGGCUAGCUGGGUUUUAUUGUGACAUAGUACUGCAGUUUCCACUCGGCUCGUGUACUUAGAUUACUUGCAAUUGGCGGGCUGUUGAUUUCUAUUUCUCCAAGUGUGACAUUUCAGUCAUCAAAUAAUUGAUAUUCAAGGGUGACUUAAUUCCUGUGAAUUUGGAAUUUGAAAAAUAUAAAAUAUCAUAUCUUGCUGUAGCAAGGGGUAGCUACUGCUGUUUGACAACAGUGCGCCAUGUUUUCGUUUGGUGAGAUUCCGACAUUCAAGAAAUCCCGAGGAGGGGCGGAGAGAUACAGACCUUACGAACACGAGUUUCCAAGCCCCUCCCGAAACAAUGAAGUGAAUGACGGAAUGCCGUACAAAUCUCAUCAGAAUAAAAAGUCGCUAUCUCGGCUGACGUUGUCCAGUGAAAAGUCUAGCAACAGCAAAGGACCUCUUUCAGACCUUGAGGAGGAAUUCAUUUUUGCCGCGGAGUUCGGGGACAUUCCGACCGUAAAACGGCUGCUGGAAGAACACCCUAACUUUAACGUUGAUUUUAACGACAUUCUUGGGCGCACUCCUCUACGUUUGGCUGUGGGCAACGAACACUUGGAGGUUGUUGAAUUGCUGCUGGAUCGUUCUAAUGCUGCCAGUAUUCACGAAGCUCUUCUGCAAGCCAUUAGUGCUGGACAUGAACAAAUCGCAGAAACCAUACUUAAACACCCAAAGUAUAAAGAUGUCAAACGUGAAAAUAAACGCUUCGGGGAGACGGAUUAUUUUUUCAAUACAACAAGCGAAGAUUCACCGUUUUCCUCUGACAUUACUCCUCUGAUUCUGGCCGCAGAGAGGAACCAAUUUGAAAUCGUCCAGCUUUUGUUAUUACGUGGGGAGACAAUCAGGAAGCCUCACCAUUAUUACUGUAAUUGUCAGGAGUGUAGCAACAAACUGGUCUUUGACCAGCUACGAUUAGCCAAAACGAGGCUGAAUGCCUACAGAGGCCUAGCUAGUAGCGCCUAUAUAUCCUUAUCCAGUAACGAUCCUAUUUUGACUGCGUUUGAACUAGCUAGGGAACUAAGAUGUGUUGCAAAAGUGGAAAAAUAUUACAAGAGUGAUUAUUUAGCAUUAGCAGAUCAAUUAAGUGAGUACGUAGUUCGGUUAUUAGACAAGGUUAGAGGUCAUGAUGAACUGGAAAAACUUCUCAACAAAAAGAAACGUGAACCCGAUGACGAAACGUAUGAACAACUGUCUCGACUGAAGUUGGCAAUCCACUACAGCGAGAAAAAAUUUGUGGCCCACGCUAGUUGCCAACAGAAGCUGGUCAGUAUAUGGUAUAACGAUUUGAGGGCCAUGGAGCGUUCCAAUUGGUUUUUCCGGUCCCUGAUGGUGUUUGGAGUAACCUCCGUCUAUCCCUUGUUAGCCAUUCUAUACAUAUUUGCCCCUCAUUCUAAGGUCGGGCGCUUUCUCCAGUACCCCUGUAUCAAGUUCAUCGGUCACGCCAUGUCUUUUGUGACCUUCCUGAUCAUGAUUCUGAUCUCCAGUGCGGAGGGCACCACGGACCUCAGUCGGAUGUCGUCAUUUCCGGGACCUUACAGACACUACCUCUGGUACAAAAACCACAGCAGACUGACGUUGCCUGAGGACUUCGUGGUUCGAACGUGCCGACCGGAAGUUAUACAAAUAGGACUCAGUUUGUGGAUUAUUGGCAUGCUCUGGCAGGAGAUUAAGCAGGUGUUCAGUGAGGGCCUGUACGACUACUUUGACUCCCUGUAUAAUUACCUGGACGUGGCCGUUCUCACCUUAUACCUGUCCUCAUUCACCUUAAAGUACGUCUGCAUCUGGAAGGUAAACGUUGCAUUACAAUAUUUUGAGGCUCGAGAACCCUGGGAGAAAUUACUUGUUAGUGACCAGACAGCAGCAAAGCAAAUGUACUGGAUCAUCGCAGACAGGUUUUAUUGGGACUCACUCGACCCCCACAACAUAGCUGAGGGACUGUUUGCCAUUGCGAAUGUCAUCAGCUUCACUAGGGUCUCCUACAUCCUACCAGCCAAUGAAAUGUUCGGUCCUAUGCAAAUUUCAAUCGCCCGGAUGAUGACGGACAUCAUCAAGUUCUUAGCGAUUUUUCUGGUGAUCCUGGUCGCCUUUAUGGUCGGUUUACACAAUCUGUACUGGUACUACCCUAAGCAAGUCCGGGAAAAAGUAGAAUUCAUGAAAAACAACAUCACAGUCAGGGCGGAGGAAGCUUUUGGAAUACCAGACAAGACCGUUCGGACUGUAUUCUGGUCACUGUUCGGGCGCGGGGAUGCCACUAUAGUAGAGUUAGACGAGUUUGAACACAUCUUCACCCAGUACGUGGGCUACUGGAUAUUUGGUGCCUACAACUGGUGCAGUGUCAUCGUUCUACUCAACAUGCUCAUUGCCAUGAUGUCCAGGUCAUUCGAACUCAUUCAGGAAGACUCGGACACCGAGUGGAAAUUCGCCCGUAGUAAGUUAUACAUGGACUACAUUAAAUCAGGAGCAACCCUACCCAUUCCGUUCAACAUGAUUCCCACUCCAAAGUCAGUCUGGAAGCUGUGCUCAAAAUUCAGUCGGUGUUUCUGUAAGGGGGAGGCAGGAGAGAUGAGGCCCCACCCCGGGAGGAUUAAGGAUGUGGAGCUGUACGCCACUAGUCCCACAACAACGAAUUCAGGGUGGGAUGAUGGACGCUCCACACAUCAGGCAAACGGCAUCAAGAGAUUCCGAGAGAGAAUGCAGACGACAAAUGGCUUUGUCAGGAGUGAUUCCGAGCCCAAUCUGUUUGAAGAAAAAUUAACAUAUAAAAGAGUAAUGAAAAGAAUUGUUAAACGAUACAUAUUUGACAUGCAGAGAGAAAACGAUAGCAACGAUGACUUUGAUGAAGUCAAACAAGAUAUUUCUAGCUUCCGUUAUGAGAUCCUCAAUCAUUUACAAUCUCGAGAAGACGAGAGUCAAGAUUGUCGAGAAAAGAUAAACAAGAUGGAGCAGAAAAUGACUCACCUGAUUCAUCAACAAACUGUGCUCCUUAAUAAACUAGGUCAAACAAACACCGCAGACGUUUAUCAAAAUGGCGGGCAUGCUAAUGACGUUCAUAGAAGCAGAGAUAAAAGUGAGGAUGAUACAGGCCUUGCAGCUCCUCUGUUGACAGAAAGUGCUUAUUCUUCAUUAGACGAACCAUCGUUGGAGGACGAACUCUUGCAGCAAUUAUCAAUGUCCAGGAAUCAGUAUUUGGAGGACAUUCCGGAAGAGGAAGCGACGUCACAGAGAGAGGACAGGCGUCUGAAGGUCAGAGUUCGCUCAGAUAGUCAGGACACUAAUACGUCACCACGGUUAUCACGUCAACAGUCGCUGGAUGAUGAAAACUACUCCACCGAUGACAUCAUCGUUCAUGUGAUGAACGAAAAUGACGUCAAAAACGCGUUUGAUGCCAAACUGUGAUAUUUGUAUAAAUUGUUUUUUUUAUUGUAUUUCAACUGGUUGUGUUUAUGAACCCCAUAUUUCGUUGUUUAAAUCGUGUACUCAAUAUGUUUUUGAGAAUGGAGGAUAUCUAUAUGCGAGUUAUUUUUAUUUGUUAACGAGUGCAUAUUAUUAAUAUGGUUAUGUAAUUUUUUUUUUUCAUUCCGACUGCUCGCUCGCUGUUUUAAAACAAAUUGCACCCCAUUCCAAAAGGAUUAAAAAAAAGUUUUCGAAACCUAUGUUUCUAAAUGGCAACAAAUUCCACAUCACACCGGAAAGUGCCUAGUAGUCUUUAGUUUUUAUGCUCCUUCGUGCACUAGUACUGUGUUAAUGACACGGUAAGACUGAUAUCUGGAUUCAUCUACUCGUUAUUAUCUUAAGAUGCCCAGAAGGAAGCAAUUGUUAAUUGCAAAAUGGAGCUGGGCCUUAUAAAAACAAAUCUUUUUUCACGAACAUCCUUUUUCUAAAACAUGUUUUAUCGGGGAUCGAAAAACCAUUUUUUUAAAACCUUUAAAUCAACGGAUUACUUAAUGAUUAUCAGAUAUAAUCGUGUAAGGUUUGAACUCAAUCUUCUCUUGAGUUUUGGAAUCUUUGGUGAGUAAUCCUUUACGCCUAGGAAAUAAUUUUCCUAAGGCAAUACAUUGAGAACCAUUAUCACAAGACUAUUGAAAUUGCUAAAUAACAUAAAGUACAAAACCAGUAAGAAUAGACUUAAAUUUUAUUAAGUGAUGGCGUAAAUUGGCUACAGUGGUUCUCAUAAUAUUGCAAAAUAUAUACAACAGUGGGACUGCCGAACAACUGGCUCGCCCCCAACUUCGUCAACUUUUACCGACCUCAAUGAAGCUGAUCAAAAUAGAAAAGGAAGGGACCAUGUAAAAACGGAUUAUCAACCGUAAACAAAAUAUAUUUCCGGAAAGUCAAUAAUGCUCUGAAUAUUACAAAAAUAGAUUUUGGGAAAGUUAAUUAUAUUUAAGUACUAGGUAAAUUUUAGGAUUGUAAAUAAAACUUGCUUUGAUAACGGCACAUAUUUACGGACAAGCUGAAAUAUGUGCUAUUGUGAUAAGUAAGGUAAAUUAUGAAUGCGGAUCGACAUUAUAAACGGAAAUGGCAUUUAUCCACCUUGUAGGCAAUAAAAUGUUUAUAUGAUCGGAUUUAGAACGCCAAAUUCAUCUACAGACACCAUAUUACAAGGUAAUAGGUAUUUAAAUUUAAUUAUUGCUUAUUUGAAACAUAAAUGAUAUAGGAAUUAUCUUGUAUGCAUACUGUUGUAUAUUGUUUUGAAAGUGAUGGCAAUGAAUGCAGGGCGAUGUAUAAGAAUCAUGUUUCUGAGAACUUUGAAUGUUUACCAUGUGGAUUCUGAUAGGAAACAAACGGUCCUUCGUCCGAAUAACGAGAACUAAACUCAUACAACAUGUUAAUAAAAUGUCUUGAUUUUU